AUGUCUUUCUUCAAGAAGCUCACAAAGGAGUUCGAGGAGCUCAAGACCUCCUUCUCUGACGACAAGCCUGCCGAGAAGAAGGACGACUACUCUCAGCAGCAGCCGCAGCAGCAACAGCAACAGCAGCAGUACCAGCAGCAGCCUCACCAAGAGCAGACCGGCUCCCGCAGCUUCGGUGAUCACCCGCAGCAGCAGCAGUACGGCGCUCCUCCCUCCAACUACCCUUACCCCUCGCAGGCACAGCCUCAACCCGGUUACGGCGGCCAGCCCAGCUACGGCCAACAGAGUUACGGCCAGCCCACUCCUCCGGCUCCCCAGUCCGCCGCGCCCCCGAUGGCCGCUCCUUCCGUCUCCCAAGGUUGGCUCUGCCAGUGGGACACCAACUACCAGAGAUGGUUCUACGUUGACCAGAGCUCCGGCCGCUCUCAGUGGGAGCACCCUUCUCCCCCCACCGGCCCCGUCGGCACUCCCAGCUACGGCGCCCCUCCCGUCCCUCCCUCCGACACUAGAGGAUUCGGAGGUGACCAGGGCCACGGCGGCUACGGCUCCCCCGCCCCCGGCUACGGUGGUGCUCCCUACGGUGGAGCUCCCGGCGGCUACGGCGGCUCUCCUGCUCCCGGCUAUGGCGGUGCCCCGUACGGAGGUGCUCCUGGCUAUGGCGGUGGUGACCCCUACGCCCAGCAGCAGCAGGGUCAGAACCCCUACGGUGCUGAUAAGGAGAAGAAGAAGAGCUCCAGCAGCGGCAUGCUUCUCGGUGCUGCCGGUGGUCUCGCAGUCGGUGCUGUCGGUGGUGCCUUGAUCGCUAACGCCUUGGACGACUCUGACGACGAGCACAAGGCUGCCGCCGCUCAGCAGCAGCAGUCCUACGGCGGCUACCAGGACCCCUACUCUGACCCCAGCGCUCCCCCUGCCGUCCUCCCUCCCACUGACGCCGACGGCAACUCCGUCUCGUCAAGCGAUCGCGAGGAUGUCCAGGAGGCCCGUGAGGAGUACGAGGAGGCUCUCGCCGCUGCCGCCGACUCUGACGCCAGCAGUAGCGACCACGAGGCUCUCGAGGAGGCCCGCGAGGAGUACGAGGAGGCGUACGAGGAGGCGUACGAUGACUAG